AUGGCCACUCCCGCCCUCUCCCCGAGACCUCGCGGUUCCUCACACUCUGCCCACACUUCCUCGCGCCUGCAGAGAUCGACACCCAUGACCAAGUCGAGUACGACACUACAUCCGACCGCCCCCCUCUCACCCCGCAUGAACGGCAUCAUCAAAUCCCCGAGCCACAUCGUCACCCACAAGCCCAAAAUGCCAGGAACCCCGUCGCCAAAUUACUUUGGCCUGACCAUGAACGCGCACGCCGACCACUUUUCCUCGACCGCUGCCCAGCACAUUCGCGGAAACUGGAGCCCGCCGACGUCUGACGUUCGCUCCACGGCUGCUGCCUCGCCACGCAUAAUACCAGUAGAGCAGAAUCCCGAAUUCGAUCAGUUCAGGAAGCAGUCUCAGAAUAACAGAGCGUUUGCGCUUGGCAGCUUCGACUUUGCGUCAUCCGCCCCGCCUGCCCCUACCCAAAGUCCCUAUUCUAGCACCUUCAAGGCACCGCGCUCACCACAGUCGAUGACGCCAUCCGUUCGUGCGGUAGGUACCAAGGACGGCGCAAAGGACGAAAACGAAGGGGCACCCAAGCCUCGCUCGCCAAAACGCAUGCUCUCCUCAGAAUCUGCCCUGUUUCCCGACCGACCACGUCGAAACUCUCCUGCAAGCUUCGAGGGACUGGGCCGGACGGAUGCCAUAGCAGAAUUUGCCGAAGAUCACACCUCACGACCAUCCUUGCCCGUGAAGCCAUCGCAGCACCCCUCGGCUAUUAGCCAUCGAGCUGAAACCCUGCCUGCCAGCUUUGAGAAUGACAACAGCACAGAGGGGCCCACCAUGGUCACCGCCCAGCACGUCGUCAACAUCCUGCAGUCGUCCGUCGAAGAGGUGCUCCUCCUCGAUCUCCGCGUCUCCACACAAUACUCUCGGGCUCGCAUCGCAGGCGCUUUGAGCCUCUGCAUACCGACGACGCUCUUGAAACGAGCUUCCUUCAAUGUCCAGAAACUCGCCGAAACCUUCAAGGACGAAGAACAACGGGAAAAGUUUGAGCGAUGGCGGAGCAGCAAACACAUAGUUGUGUAUGACGCCAACUCGUCCCAGAUGAAAGACGCUACGACUUGCAUCAACACUCUGAAGAAAUUCACAAGCGAAGGCUGGACCGGGGGCACUUUCAUCAUCCGCGGCGGCUUCAAGGAGUUCUCCGAGAGGUUUCCCACAUGGAUCACCCACCAAGCUUCUCAAAGCCCAACAUCGGGUACUGCUACCCUGACACUUGGGAUGGAUCUACCUACUGUUGCCCCAGUCAUUGGCGGAUGUCCUAUGCCGGCGACCCAAAACGCUGCCAAUCCUUUCUUCGGCAACAUUCGUCAGAAUAUGGACCUCAUUGGUGGCGUUGGACAAAUGCCUGUGAAGCACCCCGAAGGCAUGACCCGGACUAUGGCAGACGAACUGCCGCAAUGGCUCAAGGAAGCAGCAGAAGAAAAGGACAAUGGCAAGACUGUCUCCGAACGUUUCCUCGCUAUCGAGAAACGGGAGCAGAAACGCAUGCAGGAGGCUCUCUCUGGGAAGGUGUCUUACGGAAGUCCAUCAUGCUCUCACCCUGCAAAGGCCAUUCAGAUUGCAGGUAUUGAAAAGGGCUCAAAGAAUCGCUACAACAAUAUCUGGCCUUAUGAACACACUCGUGUCAAGCUACAAGGAGUUCCAGAAGGCACCUGCGACUAUAUCAACGCCAAUCAUGUUCAAGCUGCCUAUUCUAAUAAACGCUACAUCGCCACCCAGGGCCCCAUUCCCGCAACCUUCAAGGACUUUUGGAACGUUGUUUGGCAGCAGGAUGUUCGCGUCAUUGUCAUGCUAACAGCCGAACAAGAGGGUGGUCAGAUCAAGGCCCACAACUACUGGUCCGAUAAGCGUUACGGACACCUCAGGCUGGAUGAUCUUGGCGAACGUAGAGCCUCCCUUGAACCAUCGAAGAUUUACAGACAUAGAGAACAGUCGAGGCCCGUGAUGAGUCAACGACGAUCGACUACCAAUAACCCACCCAAGGGCUUCAACUUCACUACUGAAGCCACCACGGGCUCACCGAGUCAAGAGCAACCCUACGUCAUUGUACGCAAAUUUACCUUGUCCAAUGAUGAGGAACCAUUUGCACGCAUGCGAGAAAUUACCCAACUCCAGUACUCUCAUUGGCCUGACUUUGGAGCCCCAGCGCAUCCAGCCCACCUACUGGGACUGAUUGAACAAACCGAUGCUGUUGUGCGUUCAGUUAAUGGCGGUACGCCUUCUCAGCCGGAGUCUGCAAACAGUCGCCCAAUCAUUGUCCAUUGCUCUGCUGGAUGCGGUCGUACUGGCACAUUCUGCACUGUAGACUCCGUUCUGGACAUGCUUAAGCGGCAGAGACAGGCUCGGAAGGCAAGGCAGAGCUCGCCAAUGGAUGUCGAUGCUGGCAACAAGUCUGGCAACAAGAAUGAGCGCGAAGAAGGCAAUUGGAUCAACAACGAAGAAAUCGACCUCAUCGCAAAGACGGUAGAGGAUUUCCGUCUCCAGCGUUUGAGCAUGGUGCAAAGUCUGAGGCAGUUUGUGCUCUGCUACGAGAGCGUAAUGGAAUGGCUAGUGGAGCAACACCCCAAGUCUGCUUAG